AUGAAGUUCACCAUCUCCGCCGCUGUUCUGGCUCUCGCUGCCACCGUCGCUGCCAUGCCCAGCAAGCCCGAAGCCAACGGCAACCUUGGUGUCGGCAACGGCAACGGCAACAAGGGCAACAGCGAUGUCCGCUUCCCCGUUCCUGACGACGUGACCGUCAAGCAGGCCUCCGCCAAGUGUGGUGACCAGGCUCAGCUGUCUUGCUGCAACAAGGCCACCUACGCCGGUGACACCACCACCAUUGACGACGGUAUCCUCGCUGGUACCCUCGGUAACCUCCUUGGUACUGGUUCCGGCUCUGAGGGUCUCGGUCUCUUCGACCAGUGCUCCAAGCUCGAUCUCCCGAUCGCCCUCCUUGGCCUCAAUGUCCAGGAUCUUGUCAACCAGCAGUGCAAGCAGAACAUCGCCUGUUGCCAGGGCUCCCCCUCGGACGCCAGCGACUCCCUCAUCGGCGUUGCCCUGCCCUGCAUUGCCCUCGGCUCUAUCUUGUAA